AUGGGGGUAUUUAAUUCUAAACAACCUGAAUUACCGGAAUAUCCUCAUUUAAAUAUUUCAAAUUUUCCGAAAUCCGAAGGAGAAACUAUAACACUCAAAGAUGGUCGAUUAUUAGGAUUUAAAGAAUAUAAAUUUCAACAUAUAACUUCACAUCCAAUUGCAAAUGAUUUCAAUAAAGAACAUGUAAUUUUGUUAAUUCCUGGUUUGCCCAGCUCAAGAUUCUUUUGUCACCCACAAGUCCUCGCUUCUUUACCAAAGAAUCCGAAUAAUUUCUCUUCCCAUAAUGAUGAUUCAUUAUCUGAUAAUAACACCUUAAAUAUAAAAUUAUAUGUAUUAGAGAGACCAGGCAUUGGUUUAUCUACUUUUAUUAAGAGAUCAUUUUUGGAUUUUUCUCAAGAUAUAAGUGAAUUCUGUGAUCAAAAACAAAUUACGAAUUGCUCUUUAAUUGCAUACUCUGCUGGUGGUCCAUACGGUCUUGCCGCCGCUUAUGCAAUAGGAAAACCUUCUUCCAAUUCUAAUAAACCUUUAAUUACAAAAGCGGCUAUUAUUAGUUCAAUUGCACCUUAUAAUGCACCUAGUCUGACUAUUCACAUGCCUUGGAAAUUAAAAUUUGCUUGGUGGUUAACAAAGAAUGGAGUUGGAUUAUUAUCAGCGAUAGCAAGAAUGGAAUCAAAUACUGCUAUAAAAGAUCCAGUUAAAGCAAAUAGAAUAGGUCUUAGCACUGGACCUCUAUCAGAUUUAAAAUGUGUUGAAAGUGUUGAAGGUGUAGAAGAAAUGUUUAUUGAAAGUUCAUUAGAAAUGUAUUCUAGAGGUCAAAUUGAAACUGAAUGUUAUGAAUAUUCUUUAUGGGGAAAAGAUUGGGGGUUUCAACUGAAUGAAAUUUGUGGUGGUGUAAAAUGUAAAAUUUGGCAUGGCGAAGAAGAUAGUGGCACAACGGUAUCUAUGGGUAAAUAUAUUGCUGAACAAAUUCCUGGUUGUGAAUCUAGUUUUGUUGAAGAAAAAGGUCAUCUGCUUUAUUUUGAAAUUUGGAAUGAUGUGAUUGAAUGGUUGGUCACAUCAUAA